AUGAAACUCAACAAAGGUCUCAAGAAGAGCGAGACAAAGUUUAUGACAACAUUGGAGGAGGAAGACGUUCAUUGGAAGAUGGAUGCUCCGAAGGAGAAUAAUAACAUGACAUCACUAGAGUUGCAUAAAAAGUCUCAUCUUAGACGAAAAAUGGAACAUGUGAUGGAGAAACUGGAUAAGGCGAAAAAGAAGAAAAACACAUUAAUUCGUAAGAGCAAAGUAGAAUUUCUCAACAGAGCAACAUCUAAACUAGAUGAGCAGAUCAAUAAGGGAUCACGUCAUAACAUGUUAAUAUUGUGGAAAUUUUCCAAAGCUUGUAAAAGGGACAACUCACAUGCUUACAAGUUUCUCAAAGGGAGGCAUAAGAAACUACACAAGACAGUUCAACAAAGUCAGGAACAAUAUUAUGCUGCAAGAAAAUGCAACCACGAAUGUCGUUGUCAACUACGAAAACAAUAUACGAAGCAACGACUACAACAACUAAGAAAAAACCAAGCAUGUGGAAGAGAAAAAGUUCUCAAGGAAGAAGUCAAUAUGCGACAGAUCAAGACUGAUAAACAAAUAGCGAAAUUAUUCACCAAAGGGCUAAGUAAAGGAAAAAGUGAAGAAUUUGGUAUAUCGGACAUACAACUGAGUCUUGCGACUCUUGAAGAAGUGUUCCUCAACAUCGCAAAACAGGCAGAAUUCGAAAGUGCUGCAGCUGAAGGUAGAUUCACCACAUUGACUUUGACCUCAGGAACCUCUCUUCAAAUACCAAUUGGAGCACGAUACAUAGGAAUUCCAGAAACUACUACAACAGAAAAUCCACGAGGAGUUAUGGUGGAAGUUUAUUGGGGGCAAGAUGAUACAGGCGCACUCUGCAUUUCAGGGCACUCAAAUGAAACACCGAUACCAUCUCAUGUCCAAUUGCCCGAUGUUUUUUCUCAUAGUUCUCGAAGAAACUUUUUGGGCCGAUCUGGGCCGGUCCAUGGAAUCGUUAUUAAUCCUAAUUAAUGAAAUUGGUAAUCCAAUAUCUUGAUUUAUCAUUUAUAUUGAUUGCAUCUCUAUA